CACGUUAGCAUCUCUCUGAGCAAACUUGUAUUCUUACGAGCGAUUCUAGUAAUCUAUUGUGUGUAUCUUCGAAUAAUUUGAGUGCCUCUGCGUCGCCUCACGACCAGGAAGAUCGGUUUUCCUUGUUCCGACGAUCACCUCGCGUGAAUUGGUGGAAAUUGUGUGUACGGGCCCCGCAUCGUAGCCACGUGCCUUCGAACGCGUAACGGACACCUCGUUUAAUUAAAAAGGAGACUUUAGAACGACCUCGUGAAUUCCUCCUGCGUUGGGUGUUUCCUCGAAUGUGUGUGUGUGCACCUGAAAUUGCAUUGUGAACCUCGAGUGACGUGCCGAAGACAACCUAUUGUACCUCUUGACCGCACAGAUUGCCUCACCAGGUGUAACGGCCGUCCUCACGAACAGUUGACUAUUUUAUAAUACGUAAACUGACGAGAUUUUCGACCACUACCUCUUGUUUGAAUUUAUUUUUUGUUCGGACUCCACGCCGACAAGGACCUCUCGCUACCUCUUAACACAUGAUUCCUGCGUUGUGUAAACUGUUGCAUUCAAUUUUCGUCUAUGAAUGUAAUCGAUGUAAUCGGAUCACUUUGUGUGACUAAGGCUGCGUUCGCUUUGGGAGCUCACGCUUAUGAGCGCUAUUUUCAACCGUUUCCUUUGGUUUAUGAGUACUAUUUUCAACGUUUCCUUUGGUUUCUGAGCGCUCACAUGAAAAAAGUUAGAAUUGUUCACUUUGGCUAUUGUAAGCGAAAAUGGACGAGAAGAAGAAAUUAAUCAUUGAAAUAUUUGCACAAGCAUUAAUGUUAUUGGAUAUGCUUGAGGAUGAAAAAUAUCGAAACUUAACAAAGGAAAAGUUAGAAGAAAUGUGCCUAUUUCUGGCUCGCCCUAAACUGAAACCAAUACUACGAUUACAAAAUUUUGCUGAAAAAAUUAUUCAGAAUUACAAUAACCAACAAUUUAAAGACCAUUUUAGAAUGAGUCGUUCAAUUUUUUAUUAUGUUCUAAAUAUUAUAAAAUCUUCGGUUACGAGGUCCGGCAAAACAGGUCAUAAAACAAUAUCGCCUGAAAAACAGUUCUUGAUUGCUAUAUGGAAAAUGGCUACACCAGAUUCAUAUCGAUCUAUUUGUGCAAAAUUUAAUGUUGGGAAAGCAACUGCAUUAAAAGCUGUAAGAAGUGUUACAAAAGCUAUUGUAAGUCUGAGUCUGCUUUUUAUUAGAUGGCUGGAAGGAGAGAGAGCAGAGGAAGUUAUUAAGGGAUUUACUGCGUGUAGUGCUUUUCCUAAUGUCAUAGGUGCAAUUGAUGGGGCACACAUUAAUAUUAGAGCACCAUACAACAAUCCCGAAUGUUAUAUAAAUAGAAAAAGACAUCAUUCUAUACAUUUGCAGGCUAUUUGUGAUAAUGAACUGCAAUUUACUCAUUGUCUUGCUGGUCACGUUGGUUCUAUCCAUGAUCAAAGAGUAUUUCAAAUAACAGUCAUAUAAUUGGCGAUGCAGCUUAUACAAUCCACAAUCAUUUAAUGAUUCCAUUUCGUAAUAAUGGUCAUUUAUCAGAAAAACAAAAAAAUUUUAAUUUUUGUCAUGCAUCUGCUCCAAUUACAA